AUGACCGCGUUACCAUUGGUGUUGGCAGCAGCGAUGGCGAGGCGGACGAUGCUCGCAUCGACGGUGGCGAGAGUGGGCGCGCACGGAGCUAAACGACUGAUGGUGACGGGCGCAGCUUCGAGGGUUUCGCCCGUUGUUGCUCCUCGGCUUCUGGUGACCAAUGCGCCAUCUUGCAGGCUGGGUAUUCGCACCUUCACCACCGCCUCCAUCAGACGCAACACCACCCCUUCCUCAUCUACGCCCCCGCCACCGGCCACAGAGGAACCUCAAGUGCUAGCGACGUACGAAGGUCCCCUAGCGCGUACCUUCACACGCCUGAAGCUCUUCUCGCUCGGCUCUCUUGGCAUGGCCUCCGUCCUCACCCCCGUCCUCCUCCUCGCACCGGGCGAAAUCUCGCUCGCCGGACGCAUUGGACUCUGCAUUACGGCGCUCGCCACCUCGGGCGUGUCCACCGUGCUCAUUGCCUGGAUUGGGACCCCUUACGUCGGCACCAUGCGUCUCCUCCAACGCCCGCAACAGCAGCAGCCCGUGAUGGAGCUCAACACCGUCUCGUGGAGGCUCAAGCCCCAACGUACGCUUGUAUACGAACCGACGUUCUUGCGCCCCACCUCGAGGCCGUUCGCUGCUUGGGAGAUUACGAACAACCCCCCUGCUAUGAAGAUUGGCGCAGAGGAUGCCGUGGUGGAGAAAAAGAUCGCCGAGACGUUCGACGUGAAGACGGGCGACAGUUUGGGCAGUUGGCUUGUGACGUAUUCUCCGGAGACCAAGACGAAGGCUGUAGAGGGGAAAGGUGGCGCAGAGAAGGUGGAGUGGAAGGCGGUUGGCAAAGUUCAAGUGCGAGGCAAACCAACGCGGUACUUUAACGUUCAUGAGGAGCUGUUGGAUGAGGAUUGGCAGGUUCUUGGCUAG